UUUGAAGGCCGCUUCACGCGGAAAUGACACAGGAACUAGUUUAUUUUUGAUAUAAUCAUUUAUUUUCUAUAUGGCCUCUAUCAAUUGAAUGCUUUUGAUAAUUAACUCCUUAAUUAUAUAUUAUGAUUUGUAAUCAAUAUACAUGUAGAUAUGUCCGCACAUUUGCGAAACACACUAUUUUGUGUAUAACUACCAGGUUAACAACAUGAAAGUUGAUUAAAUCCUAAUUAACUGUUGUAAUAACUUUGACUAGAUAUUUUGCUUUAAUUUUUGGUAAAAUUAUUUGUUUUGGUAUAUCAUAUCAUAGCUUAGAACAUAUUAAAAAGUUACACAAAUGACGAAGGAAGACAAUUUUAUUGAUCGCGCCAGCAGCUUAUACCACUGCGCCACAUCCACGUUUGAACGUUUCAAUGACGCAGAUGGUCGUUACGAUGCCCUGACAUGAUAACAUUGACAAACUGGAUCGCAAUGUAUAUACAAUCAUGAACGCGAAUUUUACAUAUACUACAUAUAUUCAAAACAUCAACAUAUAUUAAUCACUCUUGUUAGCCCGGAUGGAAGCGCGCGAGGGUCUCACUGUGGGAGGUAACCCGAGUACCCGUAGAAAACCUACUUGGUCGGGCAGGUGACCCCAUACCUUUUCAGGCCCGAUCGAGGAAUCGAACCCCUGCCGCCUAGGUGAAAGGCAUUUUAUUACCACUGCGCCAUCCGAUUUCCCCAUGUCCUAUCGUUAGCAACAUUUUUAAUUUGGAUAUUGUUUUCCUUUUGCGGUAUUUCUCAUGAACACUACACCAAAUAAUCCAAGAGAUAGAUGGAAUCGUCAUCACACGUCCGUUGGCUAUCGCUUAACCACUAGGGAAUGAUGACAAUAACUUUAAAAUAACAAUUGGAAAUUUGAAAGAUCACAAUUUCCUAAUUUGAUGUUUAAUCUAUGGUGUUGAGUUUCUGUAUAAUAUCGUUUGUGGGUAAGGCCAGUGAUAUUUCAGUCCCGUAAUCGAUCUGGCUAGGCUUAACAGCAUUGCUAUUACUAUAUUGUUUUCGUAUUUCAGUGUACACGUGUGAGAGAGGACGUUUCCUCUGACCGGAAUUGAACAACAAUUAUUGGCAUCUAUCUGAAUGACACAAUGACUCAAAAUAUGGCGUCAAAAUCCUAUUCUAGCAGACUACAACUUAAGGCGACAAUGCUCAGCUUAUUCCUGAUUUUGGGGAUAUCCCUGUACAUUGCAUUGUACCGAGGAACAAGACUCUCGGACAUAAAGCCCCCAUUCCUCGUAAUAAAGAAUAUAUUUGUAGCACCGUCCCCUCCUCGCCCUAGAGUGAAGAAGCGAGUCACAUAUUACAACAGACCUCCCUGGAUAAGCCAACACGUGUUUGACACGUGCGAGGAUAGGUGCGAGAUGAUUUCGUCAUCAAACUACAAGAAUAGUGAUGUGGUUGUAUUCCAUGCUCCUACUUUACGUAGAAGUGAACCAUUAAGGAAAUAUAAAGGUCAAACUUGGGUUUUCCAUGAUAUGGAACCACCAUUUUUAGUUCCAUAUUUUAAAAAGUGGAAGCGGUUAUUCAACUGGACCCUUAGCUACAGACGCGAUGCAGAUAUAUUUAACCCUUAUAGCUUGUUUACACGUAAAGAAAACACCAACAAUAACGAUAUUCGGGAUAUUGUGUGGAAAAAUAAAACAAGAAAUAUUGGUUGGAUAGUAUCACAUUGUGGAGUGGCAAGUCAAAGGUUAAAAUACGGAAAUGAGCUCAGAAAAAUCAUUGAUGUCGAUGCAUAUGGCCGAUGCGGGAAGCUUCAUUGUCCAAGGGGAAAAUGGCAGGAAUGCCUAGAAAAAUAUAAAUAUUAUGCAUCAUUUGAAAAUGCUUUAUGUGUAGACUACAUUACAGAAAAGAGUUUCCGGCUGUUUGAACGGAAGGUCAAUUCAAUCCCAGUUACCCGCGGAGCUCCUGACUAUUCUAUUUACCUCCCUCCGGGAUCUUACGUCAGCACUAGAAACUUCUCAUCUAUUAAUAAAUUGGGUAAUUUUCUAAAGAAGUUAUCAGAUGACAAAAGAACAUAUAAGACCUAUUUUAAUUGGCGUCGUUACUACAAGGCGGAAGAUAUGAUCGAUAGUAAAAUGGGAUUUUGUGAGUUAUGUCGGAGAUUGCAUAACCCCUCACAGAAAUACAAACGCCUGUACGAGGAUGUUGACGAGUGGGUACGCCAAAACUCGAUACCUAGACGUUCAUGUAGACCUGUUGCAGAUUUGAUAUGAAUUCACUACAUUUGUAUUGUGUCAACAUUGAUGUCGCCUAUUCACUGAUAUGUAAAUGAUAAACUAUUCUUAGAACAUAGAAAUGCAUUUUUCUUACAGUUACGGCUGAAGACAAUAGUUUCGUUGGGACAUAUUUCUGUUAUUCUGUUGUGUUGUAUGUAUCAUCAUAAUGUUUAAAUGGUAUAUUUCAGUCAUUUUAUUUCAGAAC